AUGGAUAUGAAAUCGAUUGAAGAAGUGCCCAUGUUUACCUCCAGUUUGCGUAUAAUGAAAUUUUGGGGAUUUCUAUUAGAGCACAAUUGGCGCAGAUACGCCAGCCUAAUACCGUACGUUCUACUAAACACAACACAAUUUAUGGAGAUUUACUUCAGUACCGAACCCGUUGAUGCAAUAAUCCGCAAUGCCUACAUAGCGGUAUUAUUUUUUAAUUCAACUUUGAGAGGUGUGGUAUUGUGCUUAAAUCGUUUUGGCUUUGAGAAAUAUAUGGAAACUAUACGUGUGUUGUAUAUUGAGUUAAGGGCUACUGAUGAAAAGAUCAUACGAAAAAUGUUACAUGAGACUACAAAAACUUCUAUAUUAGUGUCGAAAGUUAAUUUAGUUAUGGGUGCUUGUUCGGUUAUGGGCUUUCUAAUGUUUCCGAUAUUUGCUACAACAAAAGCUUUACCUUAUGGCAUAUAUGUUCCCGGCAUUGAUAAAUAUCAAAGUCCAUACUAUGAAAUAUUCUUUUUAAUGCAAAUCGUCCUAGCACCCAUGGGCUGUUGCAUGUACAUACCGUUUACAAAUCUCAUAGUGGCUUUUAUACUCUUCGGUAUUCUAAUGUGUAAAGUGUUGCAGCAUAAACUCUCCAAUUUAAAGGAAGUCAGCAAUGAAAAGGCUCGUGCAGUAAUUGUAUGGUGUGUUAAAUAUCAACUGGAAUUAAUAAAGUUCGUCAAUACCAUGAAUAGCUUAACCACCCAUACUUAUAUGAUUGAAUUUUUGGCAUUUGGAGCCAUGCUCUGCGCCAUGUUGUUCUCAUUGGUUAUUGCUGAAACCCCUGCCCAAAUGGUCAUUAUCAGUAUUUAUAUGUUUAUGAUAUUUUCUCAAAGUGUUGUCUUGUAUUAUUUCGCCAAUGAACUGUACGAUCAAAGUUUAUUGGUGGCUAUAGCGGCUUAUGAGUGCAAUUGGUUUGAUUUUGAUGUGGGCACUCAGAAAAUUUUAAAACUCAUGAUUUUGAGAGCUCAAAAACCCUGUGCGAUUAUGGUGGGUAAAGUAUAUCCCAUGAACUUGGAGUUAUUGCAAUCAUUACUAAAUACCACCUACUCGUAUUUCACAUUAUUGAAAAGAGUUUAUGGUUAA